GUUUCUCACUUCGGUCAUUCUUUUACAACUGCUCAAAAGUUGCUUUUCAUAGCACACUUGGUCAGUCGUACCUCAAAUGCUAAUCGGAAUUUCUACUUUGCUCUGGUCCAGACCAGUUUGAAUGUCAGGAUCUCUUAAUAAAAAUCUGCUCACAACCGCUCGAAGAGGAGACCUUCCAUCUUUGCAAUCAAUAAUUAAACAAGGUGCAAAUGUCAACUGGCAAGAUAGCAGAAGAGAUACAGCAUUGAUUGUGGCCGCAAGGGAAGGUCACUUUGAAAUAUGUAAAGAGCUAUUGAAACAUGGAGCUUCGGUUUCCACAAAAAACAAGUGGGGGAGUACAGCAAUUCAUGUAGCUAGUGGAUACGGUCACAGAGAAAUUGUGCUUCUACUGGCUAUUAAUGGAGCCAAUGUAAAUGAGGUCGACAGUGCAGGUGAUACACCUAGUCACUGUGCAGCACGUUGGGAACAGAUUGGAGCUUUGGAAGAUCUCUAUAGUCAUGGAGCUGACUGGUACAUCACCAACAAUGCUGGUAACGAUGUGCUGCAGUCAGCACAAACUGAUCGAAAGCGAGUGUCUGCCCAGUUCAUUGAUGCUGUAAGAACAGGUCGACGUAAGUUGGAGCGCAAAUUACCUGAUGGAGACAAGAUGGUAGCACUGGAAAAAGACACCAUGAUACAGCAAUUGCGGAAUGAGGUUGACCGCUUGAAGGAGAAUGCAAAACAGAGAUCAGAUGACAGCAAACCAACUCGGCAAGCAGCAAAAUGGAUCGUCCAAUUCAGAUCAGAGUGUGAUUUUGUACAUCAAGUGCAUUUGCAGGAACGAGCUGAAUACCUGCAAACACGUAUUGCUGAUGAAUCAAUGCAGAACGGCUUGCUAAAAAGACGUAUUGACCUCCUGAAAAAAGAUAUAGCCGAAGUCAAUCAGCAGAAAGCACAGCUGGAGACACGACUUCAUACACAAACCCAAGAAAUAAAUGAGCUGACAAAAAAGACAAGAGAACAAUCAUCGCAGUUGAGUUUUCAACAGAGGGCUAUUGAUUCAUUGUCUCCAAGACCAGCAACAAGAAAUAGUAGUCAGCUUGAUCCCCUUAAUCCAAAACCAACAACAAGAAAUGGUAGUCAGCUUGAUUACCUUAAGUUGGCAAAAGAGAAUGCAGAAACAGCUCUUCACAAAUUAGAGGACAAACUGACCACAUAUGAACAGUCCAAAACCAUUCCAUCUCAAGAUAUUCAAAUUAAAGACACUCAACUUGGCCGUGGAUGCUUUUCCGAGACCCAUUCGGGUUAUUGGCAUGGUUCAUUGGUUGCAGUCAAGAGCUAUAAUAGAGGUCAAUACAAUCGCUACCUACUUCGACAAGAACUGUCAAUUCAAUCUCAAUUACAGCAUCCCAAUAUUGCUAGCAUCUACGGUUUCACUCCUGGAGAAGGCAUAGUUGUCAUGGUCAUGGAGUUCUUCCAGGGAUCUAUUGCUGAUCUUAUUCAAGCACAGGAAUUGGUGUUUGGUCCCAAGAGACAUCUCACACUGCGGGAAGAAGUUGAUAUUUGUUAUAAUGCUGUCAGUGGGCUUCUCUACUUGCACCAGCUCAAGCCACAGUGCAUUGUUCAUGGCCACAUUCGACCAACAAAUGUACUGCUGCAAUCUGAUAUGCAAGCAAAGCUCAGUGACACUGUAGGGCCUUGCUGUUGCAAUUCAUCAUGUGAUUAUUCGGAGGAUGUCUUUGACUACAUAGCGCCAGAGAGGCAGAAUGACAGCAGUGUUCCUAAGACUCCACCAACAGACAUGUUCAGUGCAGGAGUGACACUGAGUUACCUCUCCUUAGGCCGUUGUUCUCCUACGAUCAUGGGUCACGUGUAUUUGAGAAAACGAAGAUCUGUCUACUCAUUGCGUGUCCAGGAUUUAUGUCUUCAAAUGGCAGCAGAAGAUGCUGAAACCAGAUUAACAGCAAGUGAAGUAGUAAAGAUUCUUACUGAUAUAAAGGGGUCCGCAGCGUAUGAAAAGUGCCGCCCUAAAAGAAUAGUGAAGAAACAAUUUUGUUGUGAGGCUCCUGUCAUUCUCGUGGACAAACCAUUUUGAUCAG